AUGCCAUCGUCGCGCUCUCGAAAACGUGACUCGACCCUUCAAACCCUCGACAUCCUGAAUAAUGUCGGCAGCGCAAAGCCAAACGCCAAUGUCAACGCCGGUUCGCGUGUGCUCCCGCCGCGUCGCAAGCUCCACGCGGUCUCUCGUGCCCAGGUCACCAAGAGCGAUGAUGUUUGGAAAUUACCGAGGUCGCCAGAGAAGCGUGCAGAGGAUGCUGGGAGGGAAAGGGUUGGCGUUAGUGAGCCGAUUACGCCGCGACGGUCUACGAGGAUUCGGGAGACUAGAUCUUCGGGGGACCGUGAUGUUAACGUUGUGAAUGGGAGUGGGGGCCGGAGGUCGCUGAUGUUUAUGCGGGGAGUUAACUACCAUGAGAGUGAGGAAGAGGAGGAGGAGGAGGAGGAGGAGGAAAGUGACGAAGGGAGUGGGGAUGAGCACAACUAUGAGGAGGAACAGGAAGAGGAGGAAGAGGAUGAUGACGACGACAACGAGCAAGAGAUCCGCCUAUUUUCAGACGAUGAGCCUGAAAAUGCCAAACGGCCGAAUACACGUACGCUACGGAAAAGGUCACACGAACAAUCAGACAAUCAGGAAUUCCCGAGCUUCCUCUCUCCUACUGCACUUCUCAAUGGCCUGGUGCCAUCCAGUGACGACGAACCUGACGAACGCGAUGAGACCGGUGAAACCUACGCCAACAACACUGGACAGGAUGGAAGCGGUGAUUCAGAGGCGGAACAGUCAAACGCAGAGGUGCUUGGCGAGGCUGAAACCAAUCGACCCAGUGAGAGCAGGAAAUGGCGUCCUCCGCCAACUCCAGUAGUCGAGAUAAGGUUGCCUCCAAGUUCAUCACAUAAAGCACGCAGUUCACCACCAGAGCGGGAGAUGCGAGAUCAUGCAGAGGGGGAAUCCAAUGAAUCUGAUUUCGAGAUGGGACGAUUGGUCGAUAGCGCGCCAAACGACGAGCAGUCGAGCAGAACGAGUAAACCACGGGGUUCACCAGAGCAGGAGAUGCACAGUGGUCAUACAGAUGAGGAAUUAGAAAAUGAGUCUGACGAAUCUGAGUCAGAGGAGAAGCAAUUGGACGAUCCCGAAGCCCGACGAGCGGCCACAGCGAGUAUAGUGCAAAAAUUACGAAGUUUACAAGCAAAGCCGGAGAUGCGGGGGAAUCAAAUACAAAGAGAAGAGGGGAGGAUGGCCGACAAUAGGGUAGACAAAGGCGAUCGAUCGACCAGAACGAGAACGAGUAUACCACAUAGGCCACGGAGCUCACCAGAUCAGGUGAUACAGAGUGGUCAGGCAGAUGGGGAAUCUGAGAAGGAAUCUGACCACUCAUCGCCGGAGAGGCAACCAACCGACGGUGAAGCCCAACGAGCGGGCAAUGCAAGAUUACGGAGGUUACUAGCACAGUUGGAGACGCGGAGGAAUCGUACACAAAGAGAAUCUGAUGGGUCCAAAUCAAAAGAGGAGCAGUUACCCGAUGAUACGGUAAAUGACAACCGGGGAUCCGCUUCGAGUUUCGAACCGGAAGAUGAACAAGAUUCCAGCAGCUCUUCUCCCCAGCCGUCUGAUGUGGAUGAAGAGGACUUUCCACAACGUCAGCCUAGAAAACGACGGCGUGUUGAGCGCUAUUCUCCGGGACUCACCCGACCUCAAAGGAAUCGGAACACAAUGUUUGUAACUGAGGAGAGCGAAGACAGCGAAAACGAAAUUGAAAAAAAUGAAGAAUCUGAUAAUGAGGAAGACGAGGCAGAGAGGGCAGCAGCCAUCGCAGAGGAAGAAGAGCAGGCCAGAAAGCUUCAAUGGAUGGAGGAGGCGAUGAGACUUGGUGGACAACAAGUGAACUGGCUUAUCUUGACUAGAACAGCCAAAGAACUGAAGCAACUGGUUGAUCCUGCUUUAGCCGAGUCGUUUGUGAACAUAUGGACAACAAUCAGAGUACUAUCUCGGCUUUAUGGGGAAAGGGAUUAUCGGCCGUCUGACAUGAUGCUCAGACAAUGUGAUAAUCUCUUCGGGAGCAUUCGCUGUGAAGGAGAGAGAUUGCUUGACCAAGCCUAUCAUUUGGCCACCACGUCCAAUGGAACUCGUGAUGAAGUCUAUGCGUGUGACCUAGUGGACGAAUUCGAAGCACGAGUGUUUCCGGAAAUGGUGAAGUUGGUUUUUGCCUGUUUCAAGGUGUACUAUACCGACGCGGACAUGUUCCCUGGAAUUCAUGAUCACUUUCGUCGUGUGCUUGUUCUCCUCCGGCAGCUUUGCGAUCGCACGACGAGUAUGAAGAUGCAGCGGAUUGUGCAUGGUACGGUGCGCUGCAAAGAAUCUGGACGAGCACUGAACGCCAUCAUCAAAGCGCUAGAUUCACGGGGAUUACGAAGAAGAAAAUCAGAAAGACCCUACAGCUCCAUCUCGGACAGGUCCGGACAGGAUGGAUCACGCGGUUCUAUAGUGAUCGAGGACGACGCUGGCCGUGAGUGGUCUCAGGAAGAGGGCCUAGCUCUGAUUGAUGGACUGCGGACGUAUCAGGGGCCUGACCGGUACCUCCGGAUCAUAGGGCACUUCGGGCAUCGACUGCGGAACCGGACCCAGCAGGAACUGCGCACAAAGGCGAUACAGGUGCAUGACAGGAUGCGGCCAAAGAUUGCGUUGCAGGUAAAGACGGCAGAUGGACGACGACAGUGGGAGUGGUUGUUGAGUGUGCGGGCGUAG